GCUCGGGUGGUCCGGGCCAUCGCCUGGAGGCCGGCGAAGCCUACGGAGAUCUUCUGCUGCAGACGCUGGGCGGGCGGCAACACCGCGUCCAUGGCCCUCGCGGCGACUCCGUCUUCCCUGGCCGUCAGGGCCUUGAGCCCGGCCGCGGCCCCCACCUCGUACAAGGUCUUUUGCAAGGGGCUCUCCCGCACGCUGCUCGCCUUUUUCGAGCUGGCCUGGCAGCUGCGCAUGAACUUCCCGUACAUCUACGUCGCGGGCUCAGUGAUCCUCAACAUCCGCUUACAGGUACACAUUUAGAGCUGGACUAACGGCGGGCCUCCCGUACCAUCACAAUGGCGGACUCCCAUGGGGCCCCGCGGCGUAGUGGAGCUAGGGGCGAGGAGCCCCACGGUCUCGCGAGAAAGUUCGGGCGUCCUCCGCCGCUGGGCGCUUCGCUCCUGCGGGAGAUUCCCGGAUAGUGCCAGAGAGCCGGAGGAGGCCGGAAGUGGAAGUACGCAAUUCCGGAACACAGACGUCAGUUAAGACCCAGGGAAGUAACGUAGAAGCUACGCAUCUUUCAACACCGGUCUGAUUGCAGGAUGCGUUGUAGAAAACGAGAAAACUACAUUUCCAGAAAAAAAAAAAAAAUUCAGUAAACUUGACUAUCGGAUUGGGUUGUAAGCAAGAUCUGAGUAUGUUAAAAGCAGAAGGUAUUAAGGAUAUGAUGUGAAAAGAAUGUAUUUUUUCAUCCCUCAAAGGAAACAGUGACAAUCAGAAACUUUUGAGAAGAAAAAGAGAAAAAAAAGGAAAAUAUCCUGCAAAUGCCGAACAUAAAAUGCUGCAAGAUUUUGAGCCAGCGUUGCGGGUGUAAGAAAAUGAACUGUAUUUCAGUGUCCCUGUUAGCACCAGGUGGAUCAAGACUUUGGAGCAAAAAAGGGAACGCCAGCCCUAUCACAAAAUGUGGCUAUUCCGUGAAUAACGUUUAAGUAAUCAUAAUAAUGUGAAUACUGUUUAUGGUUUUCCUCUUUUAAGGUGAUACUGAAUUAUGGUUACAAAAUAAAAUGCAUAUGUUACCAGCC